UGGGUCAUAACAUAUGUCGAAAACUCAGUAAAUGUCUUAAGUUGGGUUUUAAGAGAGUUCUGCAUGGAAGAAAUACAAAAGCUGCGGGACUUCGUCUCUCUUUCCCAUGACUCCCAAGAAACCUCAGCAGUGGCUGCAAGUGGUCGGACAUGCAGGGAGCUUUCAUGUUGGGGAUUAUGGCACACUGCUGAAGAGGUUUUGUAAGAGGGAGCAACAAUGCUACCUGAGGCUGAUGAAGGACACUUUGAGGCCCUUUGUUCCAGCCUACCACGGUGUGGUGCAGCGGGACACGCAUGAUUACAACAUGAUGGAUAACUUGCUGACCAAUUUUAACACACCUGCCAUCAUGGACUGCAAGAUGGGCAGCCGCACGUAUCUCGAGGAGGAGCUUUACAUGGCCCAAGAACGGCCCCAGCCUCGUAACGACAUGUAUGAGAAGAUGGUGGCUGUGGACCCAGAGGCCCCAACGGUCCAGGAACGAGCCCAGCGGGCAGUGCUGAAAACUAGGUACAUGCAGUGGAGGGAGACGCUGAGUUCCACAACAACUCUGGGGUUCCGCAUCGAAGGAUUCAGGAAGGCGGAUGAAGAAUGUCACACAAACUUCAAAAGGACCAAAAGCAGAGAGCAAGUGACGGAAGCACUUGACAACUUUGUUGAGUCCAGUAAACACAUUGUGUGGGGUUAUCUGAGACAGUUGAAACAGUUGCGGCAGGUCUUGGAGGCAUCUGACUUCUUCAGAACACAUGAGGUUGUGGGCAGUUCCCUACUGUUUGUGCAUGACUGGACAGGCAGAACAGGAAUCUGGAUGAUUGACUUUGGAAAGACAGUGGCCAUGCCGCCACAGCUCACCUUGGACCACCGCACUCCCUGGGUAGAGGGCAAUCGAGAAGAUGGCUACCUGUGGGGUCUGGACAACCUCAUUGAUAUACUAGCCAGCAUGCUGCCACUGACCUGAAUGCCACUCUAAAAGUGCGUGGAAAUGUACUCUCAAACUUCCUUCAGCACUCAUAGGUGAAUGACUGCAGAUUGAUUGGCUUCUGAAACAGUUGUGUUGUCAGAAUUGUGGGAAUGAGCGCUAUAGGAAAAUACAGUAAUGAGCAAAACUAUGAGGGUGUAUGUGGUUGAUUACAAUAACAAUAAAUAUUGUAAAAAUGAACUGUUAGCUGGCAUUUGUGUUAUCAAGCAAAUACUUUCCAGAAUAGAUUUUUUUUCAGCAAAUCACGUCUGGUCAAAAGAUCAUUGGUGAUUUAUGCACAGUAAAACCCAUUGUGACUAUUGAUUAGACCUACUCCCACCUGCCCUGCACCAGAGCAUAACACAAUCUCAGUUUCCAGCCUCAGCAGGAGAUAUCCAACCCUACGGUCUUGAAGUGACUUCCUCAUUAUUUCA